GUAAUUCUGCACCUUUGGUUUUGUACAGGAAGAGAGAACGAGGUUGCAAAAACGAGACGAACUGAACAGUCAAACAAGCAUAGGCUUCAAGGUGCUUCUCUUUUAUUGCCAAACGUACGGCAGCAGAUUUGAAUAAGAUCAUUGUCAGGCGUCACAGGAUGCCCAGCAAACGUCCGGCCGCAGCGUGUGAAUCGCUUGGUAGGCCACGUUCACUGAAACAGACCAAGUUGAACUUCUUUCCUUCCACAUCCACUCCAAAACCACAGCCAAAGAAGCCGAUGUCUGUAGUAGAGCGUCACCAAGGAAGCCCGACCGCUACAGAGGACAGAGGUAGCAGGGCGGUCCCAGAAGGGCAGCAACGAGGAUCAGACCAAACCGAACAGAGCAUCACCGCUAAGAAACCCUCGAUGAGCCCUUCUGAGCCCACUGAAUCCGGGUCAAGUCGCACCCCAAUCCCCAAAUCAGCCAAGUCACAAGUCCCGCCGCCGCCGGCGGCGGCGGCAGCAGCAGCAGCAGGAACAGGAGCAACGAACAUCACGCUCGCUCCAGACCCGUCACCGCCCACCGCCCGGAUCCGCAUCGCCGACCGGAUCGGCGACCUGUUCGCGGCGCCGCCCAACAGCGUCCUCAUCCACGCCUGCAACACGGUCGGCUCCUGGGGCGGCGGCAUCGCGCUGGCCUUCCGCAGCCGCUACCCGGACGCCUUCAAGGUCUACCGCGCUCACUGCGCCCGCUCGAUCCCCGACCAGCUGGUCGGCACCGCGCUGCUCAUCCGCCCCCCUGCUGCUGCUACUGCUGGUGGUGCAACGGGAGGUUCGCGGGGGAUGGGGCACUACAUCGGCUGUUUGUUCACCAGUCGGGGCUACGGCAGGUCGCGAGAUCCGCCCGAGAGCAUCCUGGGCGCCACCGGACCGGCCAUGAGGCAUUUGAUGAGGCUGAUUGCGGAGGAAGAGGAGAGGACAGGGGCGCAGAUUGGGGAGGUGAGGAUGUGUAGGAUCAAUUCGGGAUUGUUUGCUGUACCUUGGGACAGGACAAAGAGGGUGGUGGAGGAAUUGGAGUUGGCGGAGGGAGAGGUGCCGGGGAAUGCUGAGGGGGGUGUUGUGGAGAUUGUCGCUUGGGAGAGGGAAUGAGCGUGGACUUUGCGAAGCGUACAUGUAUCGUACAGAUACCCGGUCAUGUUGAUGCUGGCGUAAGGGAGGCGUUUGGGGCGGGCGGACCAGGGCUUUAAUAAUA